UGGUAUUAUAGAUUACAUCCGCCAUUGGCCUAAACAGCCUCUGAUUGGUGAGCUGCAUCCUGUUGAGAGGUUGCGAAUAUUGCUAGCAAGCUUUACUUCCGCUACAAAGAGGACAAACACGGUCAGUGUAUGGAAAAACACACAACAUCGCUAAGUUUAAGGAGAGUCCACAACCAGUCGUGUACAACCAGUCGUGAACAACUAGUCGUGUACAGCCAGUCGUGUACAACCAGUCGUGUACAACCAGUCGUAAACAAUUGUGUACAACCAGCCGACAUCGAUUUCUUUGGAUUUCUUCCUUCCAUCCCAGAAUUUAAACCAGCUUGGGGUUCUGAUUACUUCAGAGACUGAUUAGUGUAAGAGAGCUAGUAACCUAGUGAAGACAGGCCAAACAUUUCCUAGUGUAGUUACAGACAGGCCAAACUUUGCCUAGUGUAGUUACAGACAGGCCAAACAUUUCCUAUUGUAGUUACAGACAGACCAAACAUUGGCUAGUGAAUUACAGACAGGCCAAACAUUGCCUAGUGUAGUUACAGACAGGCCAAACUUUGCCUAGUGUAGUUACAGCCAGAUCAAACAUUGCCUAGUGUAGUUACAGAUAGGCCAAUCUUUGGCAUUUAUCAUUGACGGAUAUUUGAGUUAUUCGUGUGGCAGAUUUCUCUUAUCUUGUGUUUGUGUGAAACUCUUUUUUUUUUUUAAAUGUGGAGAUUAUAAUACUUUGAACGUAUCAAGACUGCUAAGACUGUAGUAGCACAGAAGUGUUCGGUGCUUGCACUUACGAUACAAUCGCUAGCCCGCUCACCCCACGUCUCCCCUUCCUCGCGUUGUGUUCCCAGCCAGGUCACGUGACGAGGUACCAGGGCCAGCCUUGGAUGAGUGGUGAGAUCAAGAGGCGGAUCUCCUUCUCGGCCGACUCUGUUCUCACCGCCAUCGUCCAAGAUGCCGACACCUCGGAGCUGGUUCGCAUCCUUGACAACCACGGCGACGAGGUCCGCGUCAACCAGGUCAACCACGUGGGGCUCACCGCGCUCCACCACGGCGUCCUCAGCAACAACCUGGACGCCGUCAAGCUGCUGCUGUGCAACGGCGCGGACGUCAACGCGCAGGACGUUCACGGGUUUUCCCCACUGCACACCGCGGCGGCGUGCGGCUUCACGCAGGUGGCCAGCAUGCUCGUGCUGUAUGGUGCGGAUGUGUUCGCCCUCACCGCGCAGAAGGAGAUGCCGAUCGAUGUCGCGAAGGACAUCGGCGUCAUCCGGUUGCUGUCGGAGGAGAUGCGACGUCACUUCCACCAAGAGCUUUAUCUCACAUCGUUCAUCUGUAGGAAGGCCUCGGAUGGCUGGUUGUUCUUAAAGCAAAACGCUCUACGUCUGCUGGAGGAAUUUAUGCAAGCGGUUGUACAGUUGUGGAAGCGACACAGGGCGAAAGAUGAAGGCAGACGGUUAGAAAUAGAGAAAAAUCAAUAAUAACGAAAGAAGUACGGUCCAACUUUGUGCAAGCCGUCUGGUGCGAUGUCUUACUUUGUGCAGGCUGUCUUGUGGCGAUGUCUUACUUUGUGCAAGAUGUCUGGUGAGAUGUCUUACUUUGUGCAGGCUGUCUGGUGCGAUGUCUUACUUUGUGCAAGAUAUCUGGUGC